CGAAUGAAAGCUAUAAUAUAUUCGCAGUGCCCAAUGUAUUUUCUUCAAGUUCAUGAGAUAUAAGUUUACAAUUACCACUGUGACCUCCUACAUGGUUUUCGCAUCAGCGCAUUUGAGGAGUUUGAUGAAAAAAUGUUUUUUCUUAUGCCAGUGUUUACAACAAACGUUAACUGCAGAAAUUUCCAAUGAAUCAUCAUUAUCAGCCACUGGAGGGAAGAAAUUAGCAGAUGCAAGAAUCUCCUAUAUCAGGCCAGCCCCAGUGAUAUACUCAAGUGACCAUCAUUCGGAAGGAAGAAGACUGAUUCAAAGCAAAGUUACAGCCAAGUCUAAUGCUCGCGAAAUGACGACAGACAAAAGAAAAUUAUCAAAUCCGGAACUUUUUAGUAAAUUGGGCCUAGGUAAAAUGAAGAUGUCCCCGAACCAUCACCGGAAGCGAUUAGCCGUAGAAUCACGGCAUCAUGGUCUUCCAGAUGAUUCAAACAUGUUCAUAAUUAAGCUACCACCCAGCAACAAUUACUACGGCAAUCUUAAAUCUCAUACUGACUCAGUGAAUGCUGUAACGGAUGACAGUAAGAAAGUCUCACUGGGAUUUCAAUCUAACGGGAAGCCAGGAAGGAUCUACCAUUGGAAUUUGCCAGUUCUAAAGAAACUCCUACAUGGUAACCGUCCUCGAAAUCCCAAUUCGAGGCACACGGAUAACGAAGCCGAACUUAUUGACAUCAAGCAUAUUCCAACAUGGACAAAUCCAUGGGAUAAUGAAACCAUCGACAAGCAGUAUAGAGAGGAUAGCCAUCAACAUGAAAAGAUCCUCAAGAAGAAGUCACCUACAUAUUACGCCCCUGUGCGAACAAAAAACUUCCAAAAAUAUUUCCCUAGUAAUGGCAAACCUAAGAGUUUCUACGUUAUCAAGAGUCAAAAAAUGAUCCCAUUUAAAAUAUUCAAGAGAAAAUAAGUUCAAGUGAAACUCCAAAAUCAUUGCGCAUAACGAGAAAUUUAAUUUAAAUCCACUCACAAUUGUACUUAAAGUGCUACAUAGCAUAGACUGACAAUGUGUAGUCAGCUGUUUUACUUAUGAUUACGAUCCUAAUAUGCCGACAAUUAGGGUAUAUAUUAAUUCUUAAUUCAAUGCAUAAUACUAAACUAAACUCAUUAUGUACGACAAUUUUAGAUGAAAUCUUGCGCAAAAGAACUCUAGAUUAAUCGAUUUUAGUGAUUAAUUGUAACAUUUUUAUAAAAAAUAAUUUGUUAACUUACACGAAAAUGCGAUUUUUUACUUUUUUACAUGAAAAUAAAUUAAUGAUAUAAUAAA